AUGCUUUCGACCAUUGGCGAAUCUGGAGAUACACAGUGUGGAUUGAGGGAACACAUGUCUCUGCGCCAGCGACCAGUUGGUGUAAUCGGCUCGCGGAACAUGGCCGAUCAGGCGGCGUCCUCUCCGUCGGACCACCCGAUACCAGCGCAUGAUGGCACUCCUCCCCGUCCCUCACCUCGGAAACGCAUCCGACUCAACCGCGUGCUCGGCCGCAUCGUUCCCCUCAUUCUUCUCAUCUACACCGCUUUCACUUACGAUCUCGUAAUUCAUCGGUACGCAUUCCGAUACCUCUUCCUGCAACAGAACCGCAUCCUGCUGCCGGUCGUCUGGCUUCUUCCCACGCACGGACUCUUGCUGCUGGCGCUACGCUCCUAUCUCUAUGUCUUUUUCGCACACGAUGCCGAGGUUCAUGGUCAGAAGAUCUCUUGGCUACGUCGUCGCUUGGGAGCAGUGUUCCCGUCGCCCUCUCUUGCGCGACAUCAAUCGAGUACCUCUCUCGGAGCAAGCCUUUCCACGCUUCUAUCGCACUCAUCCGACCUCGAUGUCCAUAUCUCACUAUGUCAACCCAACGGUCAACCGAUCCUCUGCAAUCGGGAUGCCUGCCGCGAUCGACCCAAAUCUUUGCGCACACGUCACUGCGGAGACUGCGGAAUCUGUCGUCUCGGAUUCGACCACCACUGCGCAUGGUUCGAUAACGACGUGACCUCCCCCGCAACCCUGCGACACUUUAUCGGCUUCUUGCUCUCCAUUCCACCGCUAUAUCUUCUCGGCUUGGCACCGCUCUUUACCACAGCUUGGCGAGUUGUCCGCUCAAUUCAUGCGCUCUCUUCAACGAACGUCGAGUUGAGGGAACGGUGGUGGAGAAGAUGGUAUAGCUGGAUCGGUGGACCUGCAUAUCGCUACUUGGUGGGGUGGGGGUGGGCUGCUUCGAAGUGGGCGAAGAUGAAAGAAGCGAGGUUGCCACACGAAACUGUUAGGGCUCCCGUGCUGGUCGCUCUGGGUGCAGCCUUUGCGUUGAUCGCCGUGGCGCUUGCCGCCAAUUCGAUUGGCAAUUUGUGUCAGGGAAAAUUAACGAUCGACGUGGAGAGGCACAAAGCGUUCCACAAGCUUCAACAACGCUUGCAAAAGCUGCAGGCUGCAGGGAAGGAUGGCCAUGAGGCAAAGAUGGUCUUGAUCAGGCAAAAGAUGGACUCGUUGGCUCCAGUACAGUUUUUCAAAGUGUCUUGGAAGGAGCAGGGAAAGACAGAGAGACGGGAGGAAAUCGUGCGACUGUCAGUAGAUCAAGGUUUGCUGUUCCAAGGAUCGACUUGGGACAACUUGCGGUACUUUCUCUGGAGCAACUCUGAAACAAACCACGCUUGGUCGCUGUCAGAUUCAGCGUUGCGGAGCGUGCUUGAAGAGACUUCCCUUGCUUUCUGA